AGUAAUUCCUUUUUGCACCAUUUCAAACGUCUAUCGCCAGUUCCACCGAUCUCAAAAUUCCAGUUGUCGAUCAUGUAGGAGAAAAAUUUGUAGGUUUUAUGACAGAAUCGAGAGCUUGAAAAAAGAAAGAACCCAUCUGAAUUUUGACCAUUUUGAUUUUCAUUUCUGUUGUCGUCGUUAUCUUCCCUGGUGGUGUUGUUUUUAGCGCGCGACAGUGAAAUGAAUCACAGGAAAUCGAACAUCGCAUGGGAAAUCAACCUCAGUUUCUUCUCCCUUCUUCCUCGCUGUUCAUUGGCCGCUUUUCUGCAAAUGAAAUCUGCAAGAACUUUGCCAAUUAGCCCCAAACAUACCAAAUCCAAUACCCAACUCAGAGAUAUCUCUCCAUUUAUUGCGUUUGUUUUGGUGUUGAUUUGGUAUCCUUAUAUGGAAAUUGGACUCGACCCUCUCUGGAUGCUAUGCAUUCUAUUUAUCCUGUCUGUGGUUUUCAAUGUUGCGUACAAAUGUACACAGGCCGUGCGAAUAAAAGUUUUUCGCGACUCCCAUUUUUGGGAACUUCGAGGGGAGAAGAGAAGUCGUAGUUCUUUCGUUUAGUUGGGAUUCUACUGGUGGGUCAGGAUGGAUUUUGUGAUGGAAGGUCGUGGGGGUAAUGGCGCUGGCUCAGGUGAUGAACAAGAAGCUUCUAACGAUCGCAAGGGGAAAAAGUCUUACCAUCGCCAUACCCCUUACCAGAUUCAGCAACUGGAAUCAUUUUUCAGGGAAUGCCCGCACCCUGAUGAAAACCAGCGGCGGCAGCUGAGUCGAGAGCUUGGUCUUGAGACCAAACAGAUAAAAUUCUGGUUUCAAAAUAAGAGGACUCAGACAAAGGCACAGAACGAGCGGGCGGACAACUCUGUGCUUCGGACAGAGAAUGAAAAGAUUCAAUGUGAAAAUCUUGCAAUUAGAGAAGCAUUGAGGAAUGUUAUCUGUCCAUCCUGUGGAGGUCCACCUUUUGGAGAAGAAGAACGGCAGCGGAAUCUCCAAAAACUGCGUCUUGAAAAUUCUCACUUAAAAGAAGAGCAUGAAAAAGUGUCUAACCUUCUUGCCAAGUACAUUGGGAAACCAAUAUCACAACUUGAAUCACUAUUGCCGGUUCUUGGAUCUUCGCUAGAUUUAUCACCAAGAAGCUCCCUUAACCAACGAGUUGGAAGUCCUGCAGUUGAUCUUAUUCCUGAUCCUGUAAUAUUAAAUGGAACAGCAACACCCUACCAAUCAAGAGGUAUUAACGAUUUGGAAAAUGCACUUAUGUUGGAAACUGCUACAACUGCCUUAGAAGAGCUGAUCAGACUUUUGAGGAUUGAUGAGCCUUUGUGGACGAAGACCCCUAAUGAUGGAAGGUAUAUUCUCCAUCGUGACAGCUAUGACAAAAUAUUUCCUAGACCCAAUCACUUCAAAGCAACUAGUGCUCGGACCGAAUCAUCGAAAAAUUCAGGAGUGGUGACAAUGAGCGCAAUGCAAUUGGUUGACAGUUUUUUAGAUGCGGAUAAAUGGGCAGAUCUUUUUCCAACUGUCAUUAUAAAUGCGGAGACACUUCAUAUUAUUGACCCCGGGAUGCCUGGAAAUCGCAGUGGCACGUUACAGUUGAUGUAUGAACAAAUGCACGUCUUUUCACCCCUCGUGUCGCCCCGGGAUUUCUGCUUCCUUCGACAUUGUCAGCAGAUUGAGCUUGGUGUCUGGGUAAUAGUGGAUGUUUCCUAUGAAAUCUUGAAGGAUUGCAUCACCUCCGCCCGCUGCUGGAGGCUUCCUUCUGGGUGCAUGAUUCAAGAAAUGCCCAAUGGGUGCUCCAAGCUUACCUGGGUUGAGCAUGUGGAAGUGGAUGAUAAAACACAGACCCACCGGCUCUAUCGAGAUGUUGUGUUCAAUACCACAGCGUAUGGAGCCGAACGAUGGGUUUUCACUCUCCAAAGGAUGUGUGAGAGAUUGGCUUACACAUUCAGGGAUUCUGUACCUGGCCAUGAACUUGAAGGAGUGUUUACUUCUCUUGAAGGCAGGAGGAGCAUCAUGAAGCUGUCACAUAGGAUGGUUAAAAAUUUCUGUGGUGUACUGAGCAUGUCAGGUAAAUUAGAUUUCCCGCAAUUAUCCGAAGUGAACAAUAGCGGCGUUCGAAUCUCUGUUCGGAUUAGCACGGAACUGGGGCAGCCCAGUGGCACCAUUGUUAGUGCCGCAACUUCUCUUUGGCUUCCCUUACAACCCGAAAGCAUCUUUAACUUCUUCAGGGAUGAAAAGGCCAGAGUUCAGUGGGAUGUUCUCUCAAAUGGAAACCCAGUUCAUGAAAUUGCACACAUCUUAACUGGAGUUCAUCCGGGAAACUCGAUAUCGAUAAUUCGGCCAUUUGUCCCGACCGAGAACAACAUGCUGAUUCUUCAAGAGAGCUGCACAGAUCCGCUAGGAUCAUUGGUGAUAUAUGCGCCCGUCGACAUGCCUGCAAUGAACGUUGCAGUAAGCGGUCAGGACUCAUCCGAGAUACCGAUACUUCCAUCAGGGUUUGUAAUCUCAGGGGACGGCCGAGCUCACUUGGGAGGUGGAGCUUCGACCAGUGCAACCUUGGGGAGGCCGAGCGGGUCGCUGUUAACCGUAGCGUUUCAGAUAUUGGUGUCCAGUGUAUCAUCUUCAAGACAGCUGAAUGUGGAGUCUGUGGCAACGGUGAAUACUCUUAUUAGUGCCACAGUUCAGAGGAUAAAGGCUGCAUUGAAUUGCUCUGGCUUGGAUUGAUUUCUGCGUUGUGUUUGUUUUUAUGCUCAAAAUGAAAUGGUUAGAACUUGUUGGGUCAAUUUUUUAUAAGCAGUUAGUUGCUUAAAUUAAAAACUUCUCUGUUUAUUUAMUUUUAGUUUGAUGGAUUCUUUUCCUUAAAAUUCGAGUAUGUGGCAAAUAUUGUAACCA